AUGUCAUUCGGCCUCGUCUUCCCUGCGCUCGUCGCAGCCAGACUCAUCCUCCAACUGUCCCCUUUGUCGUCUCUUCUUAAACAUGAUAGCCAGCUUUCUUCGCCGCUGACCUCCUACUCCCGACUGCAGGAAGGGAUCUACCUUUUCCGCAACGGAAUUGAUCCAUACUCUGGGGGUACAUUUAGACACUCCCCGCUCUACCUCUCAUUGUUCUCGAUCGUGCUGCUUGAAUCAAAUGCUUUAUCGGCAGUGCUGUGGACCCUCGCCGAUGCCAUCGGCGCAUGGGCGCUAGUGCAGAUCUGGCGGGCCAGAAGUCGCACGAGUAAAGGUCGAAAAGACUCGGUAAUUGCUGCUGUAUAUCUUCUCAAUCCAUACAUAUUUUUACCCUCCCUAGCGUUCUCCACGUCUACAUUCGACAACGCGUUUCAGCUCCUCUCCCUGAUGUUCGCUUCGCAAGGCCGGAUAUCCGAAUCCCUACUCACGCUCGCCCUUCUCUCCCACCUCUCUCUACCGUCCAUUCUCCUACUUCCACCUACUGUCCUCCUUCUGCUGAGUGACCCCACGUCACACCUUGCGUCCCCAAAACCAUUCGCGCAAAAGCUCCGCAAAGCCAUCCCCCUCACGACAGAGUUCUUAGCAUACUUCUCCGUCUUGAUCUUCGCCUCUACCCUACCAUCAGCUGGAUGGGGAUGGGUGAGAAACACAUGGGGAGCAGGAUUUCUGCUUCCGGAUCUGACACCCAACCCCGGUCUCUGGUGGUACUUCUUCACCGAGAUGUUCGACCAUUUUCGGCCGUUCUUCCUCAUGGUCUUCAACGUCCACCUCCUCAUAUACGUCGCGCCCAUAUGCAUAAAAUUCCAACACGACCCUCUCUACGCGACGUUUCUUCUUAUCGGGGUCCUUGCCCUCUUCAAGCCAUACCCGACGCUUUCAGACCCAGGCCUGUUCAUCAGCCUGAUCUCGCUCUUCCCAGAAACAUACGCAUACUUCCGCCACCCGAUCGUGACGACGCUGCUGCAUCUGCACGCGUCGCUGCUCCUCCCGCUCUUUCACCACCUCUGGGUGGCGGCGGGCACCGGAAACGCGAACUUCUUCUACGCGAGCACGCUCGUGUUCGGCAUCGCGAACGGCGCGGCGCUCAUCGACUGCGUGUGGGCCGGGCUCAGGAUUGCGCUGGGCGAGGAGAAGGAGGGGUGGGUCGUGAUACAGGAAUGACCUGGAAUUUGAGACUUGUUAUGUUUUCUUGUAUUCAACAACCAUUCGAACUGCCCGCCCCGAUUUGUUGGACGGGUACCGUCGAAGGCUUGGGUUGGAGACAUGGUUUUUUGCGGUACAGUAGUGUACAGUGUCACUGAAUUCCAAGAGAAUUCCCGGC